AUGGCUCGCCACAGGAACAUACGGACGACGCAAUAUUCCGAUGAUGAAUAUUAUGAUGAUGAUGAUGAUUAUUCAAAUUCAUUUGAAGAUGACUGCAUUUCUCCAAGUGAUGCAAUUUAUUUAAUUAAUCACAAAUCCAAGUUUGAUUCGGACCAAGACUUAACUGAUGCCAAAGUAAAUUCAUGUUUACAAAGAGUAACAGAAGUUUUGGGCUUUGAGCUUGCCAAGGAUGUUGUUGCAGGGCAUUUGAUUAAUAAUGAAUUUAACAUUGAUAAAACAGUUGAUCAAAUAAUAAAUUCUAAAAUUGGUGCUACAAAAGUAAAGGAUCAGCAACCUGCUGAGAGCAGGUUAAGUAGGCCUCCAACUGUUGUUAUUGCUUCUUCAUCAAAAAAUAAAGACAACAUUAUUGUUGGUUUUGGAAAUGCAUCUAUUUCAGGUUCAAAAAAUAAGAACUUAAUUGCAACACCUAAACAAACACCUUUUAGCACACCCAUAUGCUCACCAGCAGCAACACCUCGCAAUCGAUCUCCUCAAAAUGCUCGUUUAGGAUCACCACGUUUAGAUCGUAAAUUCAAUUCGCCCAAGAGCAACAAAGUAAGGGACGAUCAAGGAUUAUCAACUUCUAUUCACAAGGAUCAACUUUAUUUAAUUAUAAUUGGUCAUGUUGAUGCAGGAAAAAGUACUUUAAUGGGACAUUUGCUAUAUAAACUAGGACAUGUGCAGCAGCGAACUAUACAAAAGUAUGAGCAUGAAAGUAGAAAGUUAGGUAAACAGAGUUUUGUUUAUGCUUGGGUAUUAGACGAAACUGCUGAAGAAAGAAAUCGUGGUAUUACAAUGGACGUAGGUCAUUUGAAGUUUGAAACAAAAACUAAAGAUGUUACUUUGCUGGAUGCGCCUGGACAUAAAGAUUUUAUACCAAAUAUGAUUACAGGGGCUUCUCAGGCUGAUGCAACUAUGUUAGUUGUAGAUGCAACUAAAGGAGAAUUUGAAACUGGAUUUGACAGUGGUGGGCAGACACGAGAGCAUGCCCUCUUAAUACGGUCUCUAGGAAUUACUCAACUCGGAGUUGCCGUAAAUAAAAUGGAUACUGUCAACUGGUCAGAAGAACGAUUUGAGGAGAUCAAAACAAAACUUGGACUGUUUUUGAAACAAGCUGGUUACAAAGAAUCUGAUGUUACAUUUGUACCAUGCUCUGGAUUAAGCGGUGAAAAUCUGGCUACAAAAGCAAAUGAAUCAUUACUAACCUGUUGGUAUAAUGGUCCUUGUUUAAUGGAUGUUAUUGAUUCAUUUAAACCACCGGAGCGGGCAAUUUCUAAACCAUUAAGGUUAUGUAUAAGUGAUGUUUUUAAAAGUUCAGGAUCAGGAUUUUCAAUUGUCGGACGAGUUGAAACAGGACAGCUUAAAGUCGGUGAUAAGGUUUUAGUACAGCCACAAGGAGAAGUCGCCCAAAUUAAGAGUAUUGAAAUAGAUGAAUUGCCACAGCCAAUUGGAUUGGCUGGUGACUUUAUCAGUGUUUCGCUUACUGGUUAUGAUGCACAAACUAUUUACUCCGGUUGCGUUUUAUGUGAUAUUUUGCUUCCAAUACCAAUAACAUCAGUAUUAGAAGCACGAGUGGUCGUAUUUAAUGUGGAUUUCCCUAUUGUUCGUGGGCAUCAAGUUGUAUUGCACUAUCAAAGUUCGUCAGAAUCGGCAGUUGUCAGUAGACUUUUAGCAGAACUAAAUAAAAGUACUGGUGAAGUCAUCAAGAAAAAUCCUCGAAUAAUAAAAAAAAAUACUCAUGCUCUUAUCAAAAUAAAUCUAUCAAGGCCAAUUUGUGUAGAGGUAUAUUCAGACAUCAGACAAUUGGGGAGAGUGAUGUUACGGUCAGCUGGUACUACUAUAGCAGCUGGUCUUGUUACUAAAGUCAAUUUUAAUAAAUAA